UUUCGCCUGCCCUCUCGCUUCGUUCAUCCCCUCCUCUCUCCAUCGUUCGCCGUCCCAGAGAGUUUUUCUCCGUUUCUUAUCUUUCUACGUUGUUACUCGUCUCUAUUCCAGAAUGGCGACUGCAGACGUGGCGGCUCCCGGACUUGAAGGUGAAAAAGCUCACACUGGCGUGUUGCUCUUCAAUCGUUGGUCCUACGACGAAGUUCAGAUUAAUGACAUCUCGGUGGAAGAUUACAUCACUGCAACUGCAGCAAAGCAUCCAACAUAUAUGCCACAUACAGCUGGAAGGUACCAGGCAAAACGCUUCAGGAAGGCUCAGUGCCCAAUUGUUGAAAGGUUGACCAACUCCCUCAUGAUGCAUGGGCGGAACAAUGGUAAAAAGCUCAUGGCCGUGCGCAUUAUAAAGCAUGCCAUGGAGAUUAUCCAUUUGUUGACCGAUCAGAACCCUAUCCAAGUAAUUGUUGAUGCGGUCAUCAACAGUGGGCCAAGAGAGGAUGCCACCCGUAUUGGGUCAGCUGGGGUGGUGAGGAGGCAGGCUGUUGAUAUCUCUCCCCUUCGCCGUGUGAAUCAGGCUAUAUAUCUGUUGACAACUGGUGCUCGUGAAAGUGCUUUCAGAAACAUCAAGACUAUUGCUGAGUGCCUUGCUGAUGAACUCAUCAAUGCAGCCAAAGGAUCUUCGAACAGCUAUGCCAUUAAGAAGAAAGAUGAGAUUGAGAGAGUUGCAAAAGCCAAUCGUUGAGGGUCGAGCAGUUUUGGAAGGAUGUGGUGCUUUCUUCUGCCUGGGAAUAUGGUAUUUCAGGGUACCGAUGAAGUCGUUAUUGUUACAGAACCAUGAGAUAAAUGUUUUUGUCACCUAGUUCAGACAUUUCUGCAAGAACCUGGGCCAGCUCUUAUUUUCCUGCUUUUGUUAUUUUAUCAAAACUUGAUUGUGUUAUGAAAAGUAUUUUAUGUGUUUUAGCAA